AGCAGUUUUUAUUUUCCUUGUCAUAGUAUGAAUCCUCAAGUUUAGUUGCAAUACAAAAAAAAAAAAUUGAUAACGAUUAAAAUAGCACCCUAAUGGCUAUGUUGAAAUGAUGUGCAUAACUGAGCAGUUUCAAUCUCCUGCCUCAACAUAUAUCAACAAACAAAUUUUAAAGAAAUGGGGGAAAAAAGUAGGUUACUGUAAGCUCAAUCUUAACCAAAAGUUUGAUAUGACAAAAAUCUGAAUAUAAAAAAUAACAGGCUAAUAAUUGUAUAUGAUAGUAGGCCUACAACUGUAAAAGUUCAAUACUAAUAUUUACAGUUCAAUUUCUUUAUUUACAGAGAAUAAACUAUCAAGCUUGUCCUGGCAUGUCUGGAAAUUUUUGCCCACAUGUAUAAUAACUUGAGUGACAGACUGGUGGUUUGUCGGUAUGCUGUGACGUUAGUCCUUAUUUAAAUCCGAAAUUGGUGCUUGGGGCAGGCAGUAAGAAUGUGAUUCUCUAAAAUUGUGACAACCCAUGGGUCUUGGUCCCUGUUUAUGCCAUUGGUAUGUAUUCUCUGCUGUGUCAGUUAAUUUUGGAGUCUCUAUUGCAGGUUUAUCUAUAUAGACUCGCAUACUAGAGGCUGUUUACAGGGUGGGGCUCUCCUGUCUGUUCUGAUUGGGGUGGCACUGCUGCAAGUUGUUUUUUUUUUGUUGUUGUUGUUUUUUUUCCUCUCGAGUGAUUUAUCCUUUUUUACAGUCAAAAAUCCAGUCCGUUUUGGUGUCAGAGCCGGUAUAGCCAACUACAGAAUGUUUGAGCACUGUUUGUGCUCCGUCAAUCUGGAACCAAAUAGAAAUACUAAAGGGAAAAUGGCAAAACACGUAGUGCAGAGCAGAAGCAUCUGAAUGGUAACAGAGCCAGAAGCAAAAAAUAAAUACACGAACACAUCUCUUGCUUAAUUUAGUGCAAACCUGUUUGUUUAAAGUAAACAUUAUGUCACAGUAUAGAUUGGGUGUAGGGUGUUUAAUGCAACAGGCUAUUUUUUAAUGAGUAGAUGUCAUGGCGAUCAGGAAAACAUUAAGAAAAUUAUUGUACUAUCUAGUAAUUUCUCUCAUUCAUAGUUUUAUUCAUAUUGACUAGCCUGAUCUGCUUGCCUCAUACAUCAUAAAUAAAUGUAAUUCCGGUUAAAUUACAAACUGCAUUAAAUAAUUGAUGAGCAAAUGUAUAUACUGAAUUUUUUGGGAAUUAUUAUUAUUAUUAUUUUAUUUUAUUUAUUUAUUUAUUUUUUCCUAAAUCUGUUUCAGGAGUGUUUGGUGUUAAGACGGAUGGAGUGAAAUCAGUGUCAGUGAUGGAGGGAGAUUCUGUCACUCUAAACACUGAUGUUCAAGUACAGAGAGAUGAUCAGAUACUGUGGGUUUAUGGACCUCAAGACUCUCGAAUAGCUGAAAUCCACAGACAGAACAUCUAUGUGCAUUAUAGUGAGAUGUUCAGAGACAGACUCCAGAUGAACAGUCAAACUGGAUCUCUGACCAUCAGAAACAUCAACAAGACGCAUGCUGGACUUUAUAAACUACAGAUCAUCAGGAGCUCAGGGACAAAGAGGAAUAAUUUCACAAUUUAUAUUUAUGCUCCUCUGCCUGUUCCUGUCAUCAGUAGAGACUCUUCACAAUGUUCUUCUCCAGAAUCAUCAAAUUGUUCAUUGGUGUGUUCAGCUGUGAAUGUGAGUCAUGCGACUCUCUCCUGGUACAAAGGAAACAGUUUAUUGUCCAGCAUCAGUGUGUCUGAUCUCAGCAUCAGUCUCUCUCUACCUCUGGAGGUGGAAUAUCAGGAUAAAAACACCUACAGCUGUGUGCUGAACAAUCCCAUCAGCAACCAGACUCAAUAUCUGGACAUCAGAGGACUCUGUCACACAUGUGCAGCAGUGGAACAGAAUUCAAGAUUCCUGGUGGCAACAGCUCUUAUAGCACUGGUGCUGGUGGUCAUAGCUGCAGGUUUCAUUUGCCUAAAAAAAUGUAAACAACCAGGAAAAAUUAAGACUGAUGAUGAAGAGAUGCAUUAUGCUGAAACAACAUUCUCUACACAACUCCAGAGUACGGAGGUUGUUGCAGAAGAACACACAUUGUACUGAACUGUUGUGAUAUGAAUUUAAGAUCCAAAAGACUUCUGUUACCAGGGGCGUUUCCUCUGUGGAGGCAAGGGAGGCAGGCAGGCAGGCAGGCAGUGUCUCCUCAAAAAAAACUGGACAAGAAAAUAAUAUUAUAAAAAUAAUAUAUUUAUGGGGGGUAUAAUCCGUUAUGAUUAGAUAUGAUUGGUUCAUGCGAUAAAUCCCACCUCUUAUUUUUGUGCACAUUCAUGGAUCGGCCUGAAUGAAGAUAAUGAUGGCAUUAAUGGGAAGAUUAAUUAAAAAGUAAGCAAACAACUUUGAUAUCACUGCUUCAUGUCACGUCAAAAUCAAACUUGAAAUGGCCUAAAAACAUAAUGACUGUGGGGGUUUUAGUGAGCAACCGGCUUGGUAAAGUUAAAGGUAUAUCUUUGUGUUUGACCAGUGCGUACAACUGUAACAGACGUAGUCUAAUAAGAGCUGUGCGUGUAAACCUCAAAUUGAUUAAUCUCAAUAAAUCUUUACUACCAAGCUAAUCACCAGUACCCAGAACUAGUUGUUACACAGUCCCCAAAUGGAUACAUGAACAAACAACUGAAUUUGCAUGCCUUGUGGGGAACAGGAGGGAUCCCUAAGCUAUCAUUUGUUUUUUGUACAUAUGAGAUCAUUGUAUCAGUUACACUGAGAUAUUCUGAAUAACGCCAAACAUGAAGCUUACUUGAAUUCAUGAAGAGCAUUAUCUUGCCUAUACCUUCACAAUUGGGCUGUGGAGACAGAUGUCUGUAUGUUAAUUCUGCAACAAAAAAAACCUCUGUCAAGCUCCAGAAGUUUGCAGAUGACACAACAGUCGUUGGCAAGUCAUUCAGGUUCCUGAGAACCACCACCUCUCAGGACCUGAAGUGGGAAAAUCACAUAGACGCCAUGAUGAAAAAGGCCCAACAGAGGUUAUACUUCCUUCACCAGCUUGGGAGCUGCUGAAACCAUUCUAUUCCACCGUAAUUGAGUCUGUCCUGUGUUCAUCUAAAAGUGCCUGGCUUGGUUCAGCUACCAAAUCAGACAUCAGUGGCCUGUUGCAUGAAGCUUGUUUAACAAACUCUGAGUUUCAGAGUAGGUUUGCAGUUGACAAAUCCAGAUAAAUCCAACCUGGUUUAGAUCAGGAUCAACUGUUGCACAACGCUUGGUAUAAACUUUCUCUGUCAACUCAGGUUUAAUCCAGAGUUUGCAAAGUGCGUGCACCUGAAAGUGUGACACGUGCGGCAAACAGCCAAUCACACGGAACAAGGAGAACGUCAGUUUGAUUCACUUCUCACAAGAGAGCCGCGCAAUUCAUGUCGUUUCCGAAGAUUAAGAGAUCAUUAUGAAAAAUAUGAAAUAAAACGCAUUUACAAAGCAGGAAUAAACACUGAUGCAGUGAAAGUUUGAGAAGGCAGCUGAAAGAAAAUAUCUGACUAUAUCAAUGCAUGUGAAUUAAACAAAUAGACCAAAUAAUUAAUAUAGUUUCACAAAGAGCUCAAAAGAAUACAUGUAAACUUAAUCUGUUUAAAAGCUUUAUAUAUUAUGCAUGUAUUAUAUUUAAUUUAAAAGCAAAGUUUAAUAUUGUCAAUUAAUAUAAUCGGCCUAAUUAUAUGAAUAGGUCAUGAAUUAUUCAUAAUUUUAAUUUAUUUAAUAUAAAUAUAAUGAAUAAUUAACAGCAAAUGUUGAGAAAUUUUGUCUCUAAAAUGUUUUCACUAUAAACUGAUUUAAUUAGGAGCGAGAGAUACAGGAGGAGUGGCUUUAUUGCAUCAGACAUGUCACUUUACUCACAGCUGAUUGGUCGAGUUUGGGUCUGUGAUCUCUAACUCAGAAUAAAACCUGCUCCGGAGCAGGUUAGCCAUGUAAUGUCAGUUACCAUAGCAACAAACCCUGCUAAAAACCAAUCCACCUUCAUAAACCUGAAAAACCAGAGUUUGCUCAAACUAAUCUUGAACUUACCUGGGUAGAAACUGAAACCGGCUUUGUGCAACAGGCCACAGGAGACUACAACGUAUAGUCAGGAUGGCUGAGAAGAUUGUUGUCCCCCUGCCCACCCUCCAAAAUAUUUACACCUCCAGAGUGAGAAAAAGGGCUAAGAAAAUCACUUUGGACCCCUCACACCCUCAGCCCACUUUGUUUUCGAACUGUUGCCCUCCGGCCAGAGUUACAGAGCACCGAGCAUCAGAACAGCCAGACACACGAACAAUUUUUUUUCCCCCCCCUAGGCUAUAUUACAGGGUUUUUUUUUUUUAGUGUAUGGUUUGCAGAUUUGGUGUGUGGUUCUACUGUUUGAGUGUCAGGUUUCAGAAAUUGUGUGACAAGUAAGGAUUUUGUGUGUAAGUUGAAACUCUCAUAACUGUACAUUGUCUACCAUAACUGUACAUUUGUGCAUAACACCUAAAAUUGUAUAUCUGUAAAAUACAUAAUAAACUGUAUACUUGUAAAUAAAUAACAUCUGUACAUUCAUUAAAACUAUGUAUUCACUAAAACUUUUCUCUAUAUAUUUCUACUACUGUAUUAUAUUGCGUUAUUUAAUUUUUUGUUUCUUAUAUAUUUCAUUUCUAUUGUGUAAUUCCUAUGUAUGUCUGCACCAGGGGCAGACAUUAUAAACCUUCAGGGCUUUUGAAAAAUUACUUGGGGCUUAAGCCCAAGAAAUCACCCCCUUGCUCCGCCCCUGGUCUGCACUAUCAUAUGUGUCUACACUGUCUGUACUUCUGCACUGGAAGAUCCUGUCACCAAGACAAAUUCCUUGAGUAUGUAAACACACUUGGCAAUAAAGCUCAUUCUGAUCCGGA